GUUCAUUUUCCCCCCAAAAUACUUUUACAGAGAAGAAAUAAAGCAAACAACAUAACUCAGAGAGAUGGGGAAUUGCCAAGCAAUUGAUAAUGCAGCUUUGCUAUUACAACAUCCAAAUGGCAAAGUUGAAAAGCUCUAUUCAUCAGUCACUGCUCACCAAAUCAUGAAAAUCAAUGCCGGUCACUAUGUUUCUCUUCUUCUCACCACCACCACCACCACAACCACCGCCAACAACAAUAACACGCCGGUACGAGUUAGGCGAAUAAAGCUUCUCAAACCUAAUGAUUCACUUGUUCUUGGUCAGAUUUACAGACUAGUUACUGCUCAAGAGGUAAUGAAAGGAUUGUGUGCGAAGAAGUAUGCGAAGCUGAAGCAGUUAGAAUAUUCAUGUGAAAAAUUGACACAAAAAUCAAAUUGGAAUCCUGGAUCUGUUCCGGAGAACUCUAAACAGGUUAAACAGGAAAAACAUAGAAACUCAACAGGUGCAAGAUGCAGAGCAUGGCAUCCUUCAUUACAGAGCAUAUCAGAAGCUGCUUGCUGAUUUGGGAUGAUUCUAUUAUUUCAUUAAUUAAACCAAUUUUCGUGCACCUCGAUCAGUUCCACGAGAUACCCUCACCGCCUUUUUUUUUAAUCACAUGUAUAGCAAAAGAGAAAAGAAAAAAAAGAGGAAGAGAUUUCUCACAUUUUAAUUUUUGAAUCAUUUGUUCAAUUGGAAUUAUUGUAGCAUGUAGGCUUUGUUGUAUGCACCAAAGUUUGUGUACUUGAAGUACUACUAUUAAUUUGAUAAAUCUAAUGGACUUUAGAACAUUUAUUUGAG